GACACCGUCCUUAUCACCGCACGAUGGGCGACUGUUUUGACCGCCUCAUGUUCAAGAACAGGCCCGGCAUACAGACGGCGAGCAGCAUCUUCUUCACUUUGAACAGCGUUCUGGUGAUGGUGUUCCUCUUCAGCGUCCUGAAGGCCGAGGACGCCGCCGUUCAGCUCAAGCUCAGCUCGAUCGACAGCAACCCUGCAGAGAUACAGUUCGCCGGUUCACUGGUGGUGGCUUCAUUCUACAUCAGCAGCCUCGUGGAUUUAUACCUUAUCAUCGGCAUUGAAGAUAACUCGCGUGUCCCGAUGCUGGCAUACAUGUGGUGGUCUUCUUUCACAACCGUGGCACACACUCUGGCCCUGAUUGUCAUCGCCAUCUGGAAGACCAACGAGGACAAUAUGACGCUAGUCGGACCAUUCGUCGGCGCAGCCGGAUUAUUCGUUUUAUUGAAGGCCUACUUCGCAAGGAAAGUGUACCGUUAUAGCAUGCUGGUGCUCAACCCGGACUUUGUGGCUGCCGAAGUGGCUGAAAUGUCUGCCACUGCUGCUGCCGCCGAGCGAUUAUCGCAGCAAUUACCAACAUUCGCACCACGUAGAGAUUCCGCUGAAUGCCUGCAACUUAAUAAAAUUGGAAAAUAAUAUUUUGCAUGCAUUUCAUUAGACAUAGA